GGUUUUUUCAAAAUGUGGUCGGGAUAUUCAGAACCGAGAAAGGCUGUCAACUUUUUUCUUAUCAGCCAGUAUCUGCCAAGAAUUUAUCGAAUUACUUUAUCUUCCGCGGAUCUUAAAGAGACCAUCGGAAUAUGGGUCAAAGCCCUAUUCAAUUUGUUUUUAUACAUUCUUGCUAGUCAUCAACUUUGGCACGAAUCUCGCAACAAGUAAUUAUGUGUGGGAAAACGUGUUUGCAAUUCUAAUUUCUGUUACUGGCUUGCUAUUAUUUAUAUAUCUCAUUGGAAAUCUUCAGACAUUCAAUCAGAUGAGAACUACCACACAAGAGGAAAUUAGGAAGAAAAUUAGGAAGAAGAUUGAAUCAAAAAAAGAAGAUAUAAACACGUGGAUGAAGAGAUAUCAUAUUGAUUAUGAAAUGAAGAAGGAAAUCAUGAAAAACAUAAAUAAAAUAUUAUUGGAAGAGGACAAAGAUGCUGAGGUGGAGAAUCUAUUCAAUGUUCUUCCCGGUUAUAUGAAAAAACAUCUAAAGCGUCUUCUUUGCCUCAAAACUCUAUCACAAGUUGAACUCCUUCAACUUAUGGAUGACAGUGUGCUGAUAAUGAUGUGCGACUGUCUGAAGCCAGUGACGUACGCAGUAGAUCACAUCAUAUUUCCAAAGGAGCACCCAAUUGAUCGCAUGCUUCUCAUUAUAGAAGGCACUGUAUGGACCUACGGCACAAGUGGUGAAGAAACUGCUACCAAGGAACUUGGGAAAGGUGAUGUUUAUGGAGAAGAGCUUCUGAUGUGGGCAUCGCCCUACAAAGCUGGGAUUGACAACCUUCCUACCAGCAACGAAAAUGUGAAAUGUCAUACACAAGUAGAAGGCUUUGCUCUCUCAGCCAAGGAUUUGCUAAAGGUAGUCUCCAAACACGAACAGCGGUGGAAGUUAAACUUGGACCCCUGAUAUAUAUAUAUGUAUGUAUGGUAACUUAGUACACUAAAUACAUGGUAACCUUCGAAGUAACUAGGAUAUCCAGUUUUUUUUUUUUUAUUUAUAAAUUUUAUUUUAAACUUGUGUUUUUGAGUGCUUGUAUCGUACUUAUAUGUUUAGAAUUAUCUCGUUUUCGA